GAGGAUGCCUGGAAUAGCACAGCUGAUAUAUAUGAAAAAAAAAAGGGCAUGUCUGAUGUUGCUUUGUUGAUUCUAUUUCUAUGUCACUGGUGUGUUGUGCUGGGUUACAUCUCUGCCUCAAGGACAAGAAAGGAUAUACUAGUACGGAGUAUCAUCCAUGAUGAUGUUCAUUUUCUGAUCCCGGGCAGCGGCACGGCAUCGCCCCUGAAAAUUUGAAUAACCUUCAACACAUAGUAACACUGCCAAUAAUUGUCAAUAGAGUCAACACCAGGGCGAUCGGUGCGCGGACAGAUGAAAGCUAGCGUCGAGGACACUUUAACCCUUAG